AUGCUAUCUCCUCUUGGUCCCAGCUUCGGGAACAGAGCGCGUAGUAGCUCAAACGCUUCAUCAUCAUCCACCCUGUCUCUUGUUUCUCCGACAUCCUCCUCCACAAAUGCUUCCUCAUCGUCCCUUUCCGUCUCAGAGGUUACGUAUGCUCCUCACAACUCCCCUUUACGUUCUGCGAGUCUUGACCUGGACGAGACGUUGGGGCCCAUGUCGGAUUACGUCCUCGCCAUGCAUGACUACAGUCCUCAACACCAAAGCGCGACUUGCCUCUCAUUCAGGGCUGGACAAGUUAUACAUGUGCUUAAUCGCGAUGCUAGUGGAUGGUGGGAUGGCGAGUUAGAAGGAAGGCGAGGAUGGUUUCCCAGCAACUAUGUCAACUCAAGCACAGAUGGAGACGAGGAAGCAGAAGAUGUAACCGAAAUUCCGGUGCGUUCGCAAACACACAUACACACUAAAUCGCCUGCCUCCGCCAAGUCUUGGUCACCCUCUACACUGCAUCAUCCACAUUCCCUACAAGAGGCAUUAGGGCCAGACAUCGACUCAUACUGUCCCCCACUGAUGGUUCCAUUACUUCAUGGACUAUCUCUCCUUCAAAAUGCCGUUCGCGCCAACCGCAUUAAUCACUUUCAACCGUCCACAGCAUGCAUCAUUUCAUGUGUACGUUCCAUAUUCUCUGCCACGGACACCUUACUCCGUGACGGUCCCAUCCUGCAGCAAUUUCCUGUCUUAGCUCAGGAACGCCGAGGUAUUCUCGCGGUUCUUGCCUCACUUGUUGCGCAGGCAAAGCGGGCUUCUGAAAGAUACGUACACGACGAGACGCAUGAGUUCGAAGUCGAUGCAAUGCUGCGAUUAGGCGGACAAGUAUUUGCCCAUGUCCGCAGAUUCCUUGCUGUCGCCGUGCAGUGUGGAGUCGAGCUUCCCGAGCGUCGACACUCAUCCAGUUCAUCCUCCGCAUCUGUAGACAUUGAAGGACAAGCGUGGAAUUACCGAAAUGUGCUGUACAAUCCCUGCGAUGGUAAGGAAUCGCAUCCAAUUUCACCGACAUCUCGCCCAUAUCCACGCGAUGCUCCCAUGUCGCCAACUCACUCUCUUCGUGCGAAGAGUAUGAGUGAGCUGCGCAGUCGGCCAAAUCUCGACUAUUCCGAUUAUCCUAUUCCUGUGCUACCCAGUCGGUCACUGGACUCCGAGACGCGCCAGGAGAACCUGCCGAUAGUACCACCACGCGCUCUUCGUCGACACAAGCCCGCCAUCAGCACCUCCUCUUCCUCCUCCUCAUAUUCGUCGUUGGAGUCAUCCACUACACCUCCGCUGCCACCCUUUCCUUCUGGUCCUUGCACAACGUCACAAGUCAUGGAAGCCUUGCGAUUUACUCACGACCACUAUCUCUCCACCAUUGCUGCUUUUAUUGGACAUGCUCAUUCAUAUUCCCGUUCGUCUCAUGCGUCAAGUACGGGACAUAUGUAUGAUCUCGUGCGAGAAAUAGUGGAGAUGGUAUGCAAGCUCCUGACGAUCGUCGAAGCUGUUCUAUCGCACCCUGCUCCUAAUAACAGGAUCGUUCAACUCAAGUCUGCAAAGGAUGGGUUAUACCGUGUGACGAGCUCUUUGGCGGAGUCUGUUCGACUGCUGAAUAUGCCACUACCUUCCUCUAUGACUGAUGAGGAGGAGAAACGAACCCUUUUGCAGUCGGCGACAGGAGCGUUGAAAGCCGGCACGGAUUGUGUCGCAGCCGUCAAAUUAUGUCUUAGCCGAUCGUUGGGUGAAAGGCCGUUUAUUCUUCAAGUGCUGACGUUAGAAGCACCUGUUCCUCAACUAUUCAAGCCAGGCGAAUCUGGAGAGCAUCAGGUCUCCAAAUCAAUUAGUAUGGUCGAAUUAAAUGGACAUCAAACGGAUGACGAUGACCGCCCGUUACAGAAUGGCCUGCUAGGAGACGAGUCUUCAGGAUCUGAAAGUAGCAGUGCCAUAUCGAAGUCGUCUUCGAUCUUCUCAGGAGUUACAAAUUUGACGACGCCUGACGGUUCUAAAUAUCUAUCUCCUAUCAUCGUUUCUCAAUCACCUGUCGAACAUGAUAUUGGUUCGCCAUCAUCCUUUAUCGGGACAGAUGAAGAUGAAACGGCAUGGGAGGGCAGCGUGCACACUCUGCCUCGUCGGUCGGUGGAAGAUAAGAUGAUCAAUGGCGAUUUGCCUGUGCUACCUUCGGAGGCGUUUCAAGCAAUUCCGGAACUUUCUCCUAGUCCUAUUGGAUGGUUGCCAAGUCAUGACUAUGCACUUGAUGACGUCGCGUACAACAGCGAUGGACAUCUAAUUGGUGCAACUCUUGACGUUUUAGUCGAGAGGAUGACACCUCACGACAGUAUCGUUGACGCUGCAUUUUCCGCCAUUUUCUUCCUUACUUUCCGAUUGUUCUGCACCCCUGUCGAACUCACCCAUGCUCUGGUCAAACGAUAUACACUUGAACCACCUAACGGCAUAUCUGAACAAGACCUGCAGCUCUGGCACCAGCGGAAAAUAUUGCCCAUUCGGAUGCGCGUGUCAAAUUUUAUCAAGAGCUGGGUAGAAUUAUAUUGGCGUACCGGCGCAGAUGAUUCGGCAAUUCCAGAGCUUGUACAGUUCGUCGAAAUGACAUUGCGUAGUACCUUCCAGAAGCCAGCUGAACGCAUCUUGGAGCUCUUGGAUGUUCGUUCGACCACCAAAGACCUGACCAUAAGUCCCAAGGGAGGCGACCGCGUGCGUGAUCCCGGAAUGUCGAUAAAUCCUCCGACCAUUGUCUUAGCGUCUGAAAUCCCUCGGCCUACUAUGACGAAGACUCUUAUGGCGGCCCUACGUGCGAAGAACUUUACGUCGAUAUCUAUCACUGAUUUCCAUCCACUGGAGCUUGCGCGACAGCUCACGAUUAUGGAGUGCGCCCUGUAUUGUGCCAUUCAGCCAGAAGAAAUUCUCGAGAGCGGACAGGAAGGCGCUAAGCAUCCUGUUAACGUGAGGGCGCUGACGUCUCUCAGCACGGUCAUUACGGGAUGGGUCGCCGAGAGUAUUCUGAACGAACAUGAUAUAAAGAAGCGAACAGCUCUCGUCAAAUUCUUCAUCAAAGUAGCCGAUCGCUGUAGUUCACUUCAUAAUUACAGCACCUCUCGCUCGAUGUUGGCCGCGUUCGACUCAUCAACAAUAUCUCGGCUACGUCAAACAUGGAUGGGCCUACCUCAAAAGAAUAGACUUCAAUUAGAAGCUAUGCGUCGUCUGGCCGACCAUGGGCGCAAUUACCACGAGUAUCGGACGAAGCUACGGAAUACCGCACCGCCUGCUGUGCCUUUUCUUGGUUUGUACUUAACUGAUGUGACCUUCUGUCGUGAAGGGAAUCCAUCACAUCGGGUAUUCCCGUUGAACGCCGACAAAAAACUUCUUAAUUUCAAUAAGUAUCAUAAACUAGCCAGAAUUGUGCAAGAUAUGCAACGGUUCCAAUCACCAUAUAAUCUCAAGGCAAUACCGGAAGUCCAGGCAUAUCUUAAUUAUGUCUUUGAGAAUUCACGGCAUCAUGGAGACUUGCAGGAUCUGUAUCGUCGGAGUUUGCUGGUCGAACCAAAAGAGCCGGCAGAUACGACCCCGUCUGGAGAUUUGCGCCAUAUUUUUAAUUGGCGCUCCCAGCCCCCUUCGAAAAUUUUCACACAACCGACCAUCGUCACACCUUAA